AUGGCGAUGAACUGUUUAUCUCUUCUACUAAACCAAGCAGUAGAGCGAGGAGAUUUUGGGUAUCAUUACCAUUGUCGAGACUCUAAACUAACCCACUUGUGUUUUGCAGACGAUCUUCUCAUCUUCUGUGAUGGUUCGAUCCAGUCAGUAAAGAGCAUCCUCACCAUCCUAAAAGAAUUCUCCCAGCUCUCCGGUCUAUCGGUAAACAUCUCAAAGACCUCGUUCUUCACCUGUGGUCUCGCUCCAUCAGAGGUUGAUCAGAUUGCCACAGAAACAGGCCUUACUCGAGAUGUACUCCCGGUCAGAUACCUUGGCGUACCCUUGUGCACAAAAAAGCUCUCCCUUGCUAACUGUGAACCCCUGAUACAGCAAGUCAAGCAGAAGUGUGCAACCUUCACAAUUCCAAAGAAAGUAAUAAAGCUCAUCAACUCACUUUGUGGAGCUUACCUCUGGAAAGGAACAACAGAAGGACAUCACUCUGCAUGUGUUGCUUGGGAGACAAUAACGCUGGCAAAGUGUGAAGGAGGCCUGGGUGUUCGUGACCUAAUACACUGGAACAAAGCUUGCUUGAUCAAACUAAUAUGGCUCCUCUUCUUUAGAGCAGGAUCGAUAUGGGUGGCAUGGUUCAUUAAAGAAAUCCUCUCAGGCAACAUCAGUAACUUCUGGAUCCUGAGAGAGAAGCAAACCCACUCAUAUACGGUGAAGAAACUUCUUCGAUGCAGAGAUGUGGUAUUUGAUUGGAUAAAAGUAAAGCUAGGAGAUGGUAGCAAUACCUUAUUCUGGUUUGCAAACUGGAGUCCCUUUGGUUGCCUCAAAGCCUUUCUGAAGCUUCCCCCAGCAUCAACACUAGGCACUAGACUCCACGCAACUGUCGCCGACAUCAAUCGCCGUGGAAACUGGUCGCUCCCGAGUCCUCGAUCUGAAGAACAAUUGCAGCUUCACACUUAUCUCACAACAGUCUCCUUGACCAACGAAGCGGACUCCUACAUAUGGCAACCAGAGGAAGUACAAUUACAGACAUACUCUACAGGUAUGAUCUACAACUUGAUCAAGGAGCACAAACCUUUGGUCCCAUGGCAUAGAGUGGUUUGGACUACGAGAGGAAUCCUAAAGCAGAAUUUCUUGACAUGGUUGGUGGUUUUGAAUCGAUGCCCAACAAAAGACAGGAUCCUGGGCUGGGGAUUACAGACUGAUCCGAUGUGUGUUCUUUGCAACUCAAACUUUGAAUCAAGAGAACACCUUUACUUCGAGUGCCCCUUCGCUUUCACCUUGUGGGAAACCCUGGCGCGCAAGGCUGGCUGCUCUCCGGUCCGCCAGUGGUCGCAAUGUCUCUCCACCAUGCAAUCACUGACCGCUCCGAAGCAUCUCAAACUAUUGUCUCUUCUAGCCUGGCAGACAUCGAUCUAUCUGAUUUGGACUGAGCGAAAUUCUAGGAUCCAUCGCCAACACCAUCGAUCAGCGACAUCUAUCAUCACCACUGCAACUUCUCUCAUAAAGAACAAGAUCUCCUCCUUCCGAGAAAGCAACCACCGCCUCUCCUCACUAAUGAUCCAACAAUGGCUGUAG